ACACGCCUCGUGUUUGGUUUUCACUCUCCCCGGCUUGGGCUGCAGACGACUUUACAAUUUACUCUUUGCUUUGUGCAAGAAAACCUGUGUUUACAUGAGUCUUAACUGCGUAAAAAACAUCUGGAGGAAUCUAACUGUAACCGAAGAUGGAAUUAUAACCAACAACAACAACAACAACAACAGCCCUCUGCAAGAAAACUGCUCAUUACCUUAUUUAUGAACGUCACCCCUAUAAAUUCUGUCUGGACACAUUUAACGUUGGAUUUCUCACCGGAAUGUUUGGCUCCGUGCGCACGGUUGUUGGGACAGCUUGCCACCACUGCCCCACAUUUCUUUGAUGUUUUUUUUUUUUUUUUUUUUACAAUGUUUGUCCAGUUGCUUAGCGCAUGGUGCUGCUUCAUAAAAGUUUCAGACACUGAGCGACCAUGGGGGCGGUCAGAGGGGCUGCCCUUUCCACCUCCAUUCACACUCUGAAAGGCUGAUGUUGCGUCUUUCUCUCAUUGUGCAGUUCCUCACUCGCUUAUUUCGCUGUUCUGGGGAAUCGACCUGAAUGAGAUUUUGUCCAUUGUUACAAGUUUUGUUUUGAUGAUCAAGGCGGAUGUUUUAUGCUGCCCAGUUGCUUUAAAAAACUUAUUCCCGAGAUAUAUUUUGGUCACUUAAUGGGAACUCGCGCUGACCAGUGGGAAUACUGCAACUUUUUUCUCUGCGCACAGCGAACUGACUCUUAUAUUUACGCACAAAACGGAUGACUACCUUUGAAAAUCAACAAUAGUCUUCUUGCUUUUUUAAAAAAAACCUAAAGGAGGAAUGGAAUUACUCGGUGUUCGACUCAUGCAAACGGGCAACCAUGUAUAAAAUCCCUCCCCAGUUCUUGGAGGACAGACGUAUAAAGGAUACACAUUGGCACAAUGCACCCUACUCACAUAAAGUUGGAUUAAGGUGGAUAUGGGCGUAUUUGUUGAUGCUCCUGGUUUGCAAACUACCCGGACUUUCUUUGUGUGCAAGUGUGGCAGGAUCCAAAGUUGCACACGAAGGACUUUGUCCAAACAAGCUGAAUUCCAACCUCUGGGUUGAUGCGCAAAGCACCUGCGAGAGGGAAUGCAACGUCGAUGAGGACUGUGCAGACUUUGAGAAAUGCUGCACCAACGUGUGUGGCCUCAACAGCUGUGUGGCAGCACGUUUCUCUGACGGCACGUUUGCACAGCCAGGUGGGCUGGGUGGAGAAGGAGACGACGGCCCCAUCUCCACCGCUACCUGUGAGGGCUUUAUCUGCAGCCAGCAAGGAGCAACCUGUGACAUUUGGGAUGGACAGCCCAUCUGCAAGUGCCAGGACCGAUGUGAGAAAGAGCCCAACUUCACCUGUGCUUCAGAUGGCCUCACCUAUUUCAACCGCUGCUACAUGGAUGCAGAGGCCUGCAUCCGUGGGGUGAGUUUAACUGUGGUCACCUGUCGUUUCUACCUCGCCGGGCCCCACACCAGUCCACUGCCUCAGGACACUACCGCUAAUCCCACCCCGACAUCCUCCCAGGAGGACCCCAUGCCUCCCGCACUGUACUCCAACCCUCACCAUCAGUCCAUCUAUGUCGGAGGCACAGUCAGCUUCCACUGUGACGUCAUUGGAGUCCCGAGACCUGAUGUAACAUGGGAGAAACAGAGCGAGCGGCGAGAACGGCUGGUCAUGAGGCCUGACCAGAUGUAUGGCAACGUUGUCAUCACCAACAUCGGACAGCUGGUCAUCUACAACGCCCAGGUGUGGGACACAGGUAUCUACACCUGCAUCGCACGCAAUUCUGCAGGAGUUCUUCAUGCAGAAUACCCUCUGUCUGUCAUCCGCCGAGCUGAUGAUGAUUUCUCUGAAGAUCCUGAGAUGCCCAUGGGGAGACCGUUCUCCCCAGCUGACUGCCUGGCUGAGGUGGACAGCAGAGUGUGCAGCGGAGAGCGCCACGUGGACUGGUAUUAUGAUAGCAAGCUGGGCACCUGCAUGGCCUUCAGCAACGGUGGGUGUGACGACAGUCGCAACCGGUUUGAGACUUACGAGGAGUGCAAGGCCUCCUGUCAGAGAGAGGGGAUGGGCAUCUGCUCCCUGCCUGCUGUUCAGGGCCCCUGCAAAUCUUGGGAGGCGCGUUGGGCCUGGAACUCCCUCAUGAAACAGUGCCAAGCCUUCGCCUAUGGUGGCUGCCAUGGGAACGCCAACAGCUUCCACACCAAAAAGGAGUGUGAAGCAAACUGCCCACAACCCAAAAGGAAACCUUGUAAGACCUGUCGGGUGAAGGGGAAAAUGGUACCCAGUUUAUGCCGCAGUGAUUUUGCCAUUGUGGGGAGGCUGACGGAGCUGGUGGAGGAUCUGGACUCUGGGUUAGCCCGCUUUAGCUUGGAAGAGGUCCUGAGAGAUGAAAAGAUGGGACUGACUUUCUUCAACACCAAACAUCUGGAAGUGACCAUCGCCAAGAUCGACUGGAGCUGCCCCUGCCCCAACAUCACCAUGGAGGAAAACCCUCUGCUGGUGAUGGGUGUGGUGCAGGAUGGCAUGGCCAUCAUCCAAUCAGACAGCUAUGUCAGAGCCAUAACUGAACGCAGACUCAAGAAGCUCCGUGAGGUUCUGGACAAGAAGACCUGCGAGGCAUCUAAAACUCCCAAGACUUAAA